AUGUGGAGGCUGUCCAAUCUUUUCAAGUUAGUACUUUUGCUGUUUAUAGCGUAUCUAGGUAGUUCAGAGCUCAUCCAGAAGUCCAACACCGCUGCUUAUGAGCGAAUGUUCAUGGGCGCGAAACCAACUUCAGUCAACUUGAUCAUAGCACAUCCAGAUGACGAAGUUAUGUUUUUCGCACCCACGCUUAUACAGUUAGAUGCUCUGCUGGAUCAGGAAGUGCCUGUCCGUGUAUUUUGCAUGACGAAUGGAGGUGCAGACGGAUUAGGUGCAAUUAGGGUUCGUGAACUACAAGAAUCUCUACAGCUGUUGAUGCACAGGAAACGUCCAAAUACCGAGAUCCUAGAUUUUGCUGAUGGAAUGCAAGAAAAUUGGGAUCUCAAAAGCACCACAAAGCAUCUCAAGUCUGUAGUGACUGAUUCAGCUCCCACUUUCAUUACCUUUGAUGAUCACGGAAUUUCAAACCAUAUUAAUCAUAUCUCCUGCUACAAAACAGUUCAGAAUUUGCGAGAUUAUUACCCUGAAGGUCUUUAUUUCCGACUUUCAAGCAAGCAAUGGAUUCUUCAGAAAUAUACUGCAUUCAUUCCUGCCCUUUUGCACGCGCACAGAUCCACUCGAGGGAUUAUAUUUGUGAACGAUUUCAAGACCUACCUAUUGUCUUUUGCGACUAUGCUCAACGCACAUGUGUCGCAAAUGGUUUGGUUUAGAUAUGGCUGGUGGUUUUUAAGCUACUAUGUUUACGCCAAUGAAUUGCAACGAUUCUGA